UUCAUUUGUUUGUGGUGAAACAAUUGUUCGAGAUGGCGUUCAAAAAAAUUGACGCUAUAUUCCUUAUAGCGUGUUUACCGCUGCUGGUAAAAGGGGAAGAAAUGUCACCCAAAAUUAAAAAUUUGGAAAUUGUCCCGGAUGUCCUUGAUGCUCUGCCAGAAAAGGCACUUCAGGUGAGCUACGACAGUGGAGUUAAAGCUGAUUUGGGCAAUAUCCUUACGCCUACAUCUGUCAAGAAUAAGCCGACAGUAUCCUGGGAUGCAGAUCCAAACGAGCUUUAUUUAUUGUGCAUGACAGAUCCUGAUGCUCCUAGUAGACAAAGUCCUAAAAAUCGAGAAUGGCACCAUUGGCUUGUCGGAAAUAUUCCCGGAUCAGAAGUUAGCAAAGGUGAGGUCCUAACUGACUUCGUAGGUUCAGGACCCCCGAAAGGAAGUGGCUUACAUCGUUAUGUAUUCGUCCUUUACAAACAACCGGAACGAAUAAAUUUCACCGACAAGAAAAUUUCGAGCACCACUGGAAGUGGCAGAGGAAAAUUCUCUAUAAGAGAUUUUGCAAAGAAAUAUAAUUUGGGAAAACCACUUGCUUAUAAUGUCUACCAAGCUGAAUGGGAUGAUUAUGUUCCCAAAUUGCAUAAGCAACUGACUAAUUAA